GCCUCGCCCUCCUCCCGCGCCCGCUCUGCUCUAGGAUGCUGCGGCAGGUUCUGCACAGGGGCUUGAGGACGUGUUUCUCCCGGCUCGGCCACUUCAUUGCCAGUCACCCGGUCUUCUUCGCCUCGGCGCCGGUGCUCAUCUCCAUCCUGCUCGGCGCCAGCUUCAGCCGCUACCAGGUCGAAGAAAGCGUGGAGCACCUGCUGGCGCCCCAGCACAGCCUAGCCAAGAUCGAGCGCAACCUCGUCAACAGCCUCUUCCCGGUCAACCGCUCCAAGCACCGGCUCUACUCGGACCUGCAGACCCCUGGGCGCUACGGCCGGGUCAUCGUCACCUCCUUCCAGAAAGCCAACAUGCUGGACCAGCAUCACACCGACCUGAUCUUAAAGUUGCAUGCUGCUGUGACCAAGAUCCAGGUUCCAAGGCCUGGUUUUAAUUACACGUUUGCCCACAUAUGUAUCCUGAAUAACGAUAAGACUUGCAUCGUGGAUGACAUAGUACACGUCCUGGAAGAGUUAAAGAAUGCUCGGGCUACAAAUCGGACCAAUUUUGCUAUCACAUACCCGAUCACCCACUUAAAGGACGGUAGGGCCGUAUACAAUGGACACCAGCUUGGGGGCGUCACUGUGCACAGCAAGGAUCGGGUGAAAUCUGCAGAGGCUAUUCAGCUCACCUACUACCUGCAGUCAAUCAACAGUCUCAAUGACAUGGUGGCUGAGAGGUGGGAGUCCAGCUUCUGUGACACUGUCAAACUGUUCCAGAAAUACAACAGUAAAGUCAAAAUGUACCCUUACACAUCCUCGUCACUGAGGGAAGAUUUCCAGAAGACCAGCCGUGUGUCAGAACGUUACCUGGUCACCAGCCUGAUCCUGGUAGUCACCAUGGCCAUCCUCUGCUGCUCUAUGCAGGACUGCGUCCGCAGCAAACCCUGGCUAGGCCUGCUUGGGUUGGUAACCAUAAGCCUAGCCACUCUCACUGCAGCUGGGAUCAUCAAUCUUACUGGUGGGAAAUACAAUUCCACCUUCCUGGGAGUCCCUUUCGUCAUGCUAGGUCAUGGACUAUAUGGGACUUUUGAAAUGUUAUCCUCCUGGAGGAAAACUAGAGAAGACCAACAUGUUAAGGAGCGAACUGCAGCAGUCUAUGCAGACUCCAUGCUCUCCUUUUCUCUCACCACUGCCAUGUACUUGGUCACCUUUGGCAUAGGGGCCAGUCCUUUCACAAACAUUGAGGCAGCCAGGAUUUUCUGCUGCAAUUCCUGUAUUGCAAUCUUCUUCAACUACCUCUAUGUACUCUCGUUUUAUGGUUCCAGCCUGGUGUUCACUGGCUACAUAGAAAACAAUUACCAGCAUAGUAUCUUCUGUAGAAAAGUCCCAAAGCCUGAGGUAUUGCAGGAGAAGCCGGCAUGGUACAGGUUCCUCCUGACAGCCAGAUUCAGUGAAGAAACAGCUGAAGGAGAGGAAGCGAACACUUACGAGAGUCACCUAUUGGUAUGUUUCCUCAAACGCUAUUACUGUGACUGGAUAACCAACACCUAUGUCAAGCCUUUUGUAGUUCUCUUUUACCUUAUUUAUAUUUCCUUUGCCUUAAUGGGCUAUCUGCAGGUCAGCGAAGGGUCAGACCUUAGUAACAUCGUAGCAACUGCGACACAAACCAUUGAGUAUACUACUGCCCAGCAAAAGUACUUUAGCAACUACAGUCCUGUGAUUGGGUUUUACAUAUAUGAGUCCAUAGAAUACUGGAACACUAGUGUCCAAGAAGACGUUCUAGAAUAUACCAAGGGGUUUGUGCGGAUAUCCUGGUUUGAAAGCUACUUAAAUUACCUUCGGAAACUCAAUGUAUCCACUGGCUUGACUAAGAAAAAUUUCACAGACAUGUUGAGGAAUUCCUUCUUGAAAGCCCCCCAAUUUUCGCAUUUUCAAGAGGACAUCAUCUUCUCUAAAAAGUACAAUGAUGAAGUUGAUGUUGUGGCCUCCAGAAUGUUUUUGGUGGCCAAGACCAUGGAAACCAACAGAGAAGAACUCUAUGAUCUCUUGGAGACCCUGAGGAGACUUUCCGUCACCUCCAAAGUGAAGUUCAUCGUCUUUAAUCCAUCUUUUGUGUACAUGGAUCGAUAUGCCUCCUCUCUGGGAGCCCCCCUGCACAACUCCUGCAUCAGUGCUUUGUUCCUGCUCUUCUUCUCGGCAUUCCUGGUGGCAGAUUCUCUGAUUAAUGUCUGGAUAACUCUAACGGUUGUGUCUGUGGAGUUUGGAGUGAUAGGUUUCAUGACAUUAUGGAAAGUAGAACUGGACUGCAUUUCCGUGCUAUGCUUAAUCUAUGGAAUUAACUACACAAUUGACAAUUGUGCUCCACUGUUAUCCACAUUUGUUCUGGGCAAGGAUUUCACAAGAACUAAAUGGGUAAAAAAUGCCCUAGAAAUACAUGGGGUAGCUAUUUUACAGAGUUACCUCUGCUAUAUUGUUGGUCUGAUUCCUCUUGCAGCUGUGCCUUCAAAUCUGACCUGUACACUGUUCAGGUGCUUGUUUUUAAUAGCAUUUGUCACCUUCUUUCACUGCUUUGCCAUUUUACCUGUGAUACUGACUUUCCUGCCACCCUCUAAGAAAAAAAGGAAAGAGAAGAAAAAUCCUGAAAACCGGGAGGAAAUUGAGUGUGUAGAAAUGGUGGAUAUCGAUAGUACCCGAGUGGUUGACCAAAUUACAACAGUGUGAUACUGUCUGUUUGGUAUAUUUUCACCCUAGGUCUUAUCAAGAGCAAAGAGAUUGCGUUAAUGAAACAAUUAAAUUCAAAGUUGUUCCCAUUUUUAAGGACAAGAAACAGGCAUUGCAAAAAAAAAAAGUAUAAAGGACAAGGGGGGUAAUGGGUAUGGCAUAUUUUCAAUCUUUAAAACAAAAGGGUUGUAAUAAGAAAGAAUUUAAACACACAUUCUCACACACACACACACACACACACACACACACACACACACACACCCUUGGAGACUUAGAGAUUCUUAAACUAAGAUGAAAUAGAAGAAAGCUUAUUAAUGAGCAGGAUCCUGUUUUAUCCACUCUGCAGAUGUCGCUAGUAUUGUGAUAAAAGCAACUGAUUGAAAGGUCAGCUGCCAAGGCAGAAAUAGUUUCAAGCAUUAUCCAAACAAUGCUUCCAAAACUUGUGCAGAGCAGUACUUCUCACCAGGGUCUAUAGUUUGAGGUCUUGGCUGUCUCAACUGGAUCCCCAGCACCUAAGGAGAUGCUUGUGAAAGUUCUGACCAGCAAAAGCAAGCCAGAGCCUUGGAAGCAGACAUGGUAGUGACCAUCACUCAUAAAUUGAAAUUGAAUCACACUUAAAAAUCAUCUGGAUGAAGCACUUUGGUUGUCUAGAAUUAAUUUAUCAUAUUACCCCAAUGGUACACUUUUAACAUUUGUAUACUUUGUUUAAUACACCUGAAAACCAAUGAUAAUUCCAACAUCAUAGAAUUGGGACAAUUCUAUUUUGGAAUAUUUUGUCACUUGUCGCCAAAUGGGUCUGCUUUAUUAAUUACAGAUUUUGGCAGGGGGGCUAUGGGGACAUAACACCACAGAGCCAAACCCAAAUACCUGGCAUGAUGAGAAAAAGUGGGUGGCUACUGGAAUCUAGAGACAGUGUCUUCAUUUUAAUAACAAAAAUAUAUAGCCAUCUGGUACAGCUGUUUGUAGUUUGGCCCUAUAUGCAUUUUUGCAUGGAUACCCAGAAACAACAUCUGCCCACAUAUAGCUAAAGAAAGAAAAACAACACAGGAAUGGUUAUCUACCAUAGCUUCCAACUUACAGUAACAGUCUGCCUUUGCUAUGAGACAUGACUUCUCAGAGACAUAGAGGGGAGGGAAGAUCUUUGGUAAUCCUAAAGUCUAACACUGAGAAACUUUGUAGAAGUGCAGGGAGGUAAAGGGACAAAAGGAAAACAGAUGGAAAUUACUGGAAAAGCGAUCAUUGAUACAAAUCUAUCAGUGACAGCAGUCAAAUUUGUCUACUAACUGGCCAUACCUCACCUCUCUGGUUCCCCCAACCCACCAUUUUUACUGCACUCUACUUCAUCAUCAGGCCCUUCUAUUCAUUUACAAGCCCAGAUAUUUACAUGGUUAACUUAUAGUAUGUAUAAGAGAAAUGGUUCAUAUAUUUAAACAGAAAUGGUUUGACCUGAAGAGGAUGUGUAUGCUGCCCCAGACCCCUACAUUUUUUCAAUCUAUAAAACUGAAGCUAAAACCAAGUUACAUUUGAGGCAAACUUCCACAGUAUGUUUCCCUUUUAGAGAUGUAGCUUCUUUAGAUAUCUAUAGUGGUAAGUAUUUUCCCAAAGCAUCUUACCUUUCUGAACUUUAGCAGACAUACUGUGCAAAUUCCUCCUCCUCCACAGAGGGGGAAACUGAGACUUAGAAGAACAAAGUAACUCACCCAGGUCAUAUCCCUAGAGGAUUUCCUCAUUUCAGCAUGCCGAAGACAGGACAGAUCAAUUUUAGGUUUACUCCUAAGACAGCUUUACCCCCCCCCCACCCUUGAAAUACAUUUCUAAGAUAGAACAUAGGACUUUGUUGGCCAUAAGGCAGACAUUUUUUAAUGUUUUAGAUUUAGGUUUACCAUUGUCUCUCUAAAUAGCCAAAAAAGAAAAAAAAAGCAAGCCCAAAUGAUUCACAUGUAACAACACCACGUUGAAACCUGUGCUUUCUGUUUCAUGUACUGUUCUCCAUACAGUUCCAAAUACUGUGCAAGGGAUCGUAGCUAGUGUAUUACACACUUGUUCAGUCUCCCCUGCAGACACACUAAGUGAUCAUACCAAUGUGUUAUAAAUACACUCAACAAGAAGAUAAUGAGCUUUAAUCUGAGGACAAGUACAGUCCUCACAAAGGGCAAGAUUGCAUUUGCAUAAUAGAUCUUCAAUCAAUUCUCUCUCCUAGGGGCCUACAACUGGGCUAUUAUUUAUAAAACACAAGUGAAGAGGGAAUUGGUUUUAUUCUUAAAUCACAUGUUGCUAAAUCAUUUUCUGAACAGUGUGUUCUAAAUCAGCCAUUGAUUUAGUGUCAGCCACAUGGAGCACCACAGCUUAAAGUGAUUCCACAAAACUGACACAACACACACAACAAUUAAGUGGAUUUUGUUCAGAAUUUAAUCAUUCAAUUUGGUCAACCAGAACGACUUACUAUGGAACUUUGGUUUAUGACAGAUAGUAGUUUUCCAACUUGAUUGAGUCUCUGUAUACCCUAGAAUAUUGUAUUUUUAAAUGAAGGGCAUUUUCAAACUUGUCAACUUCUCUUUUCAGCACUUGAAAUCAAGGCUUAUGAAAUUCUGACUGUGAAAUGAAUUUUUUCUAUUGGGGGACUAUGCAUGUCAAGAUUUGUUAUUUAUUAUUAGAUAAUUAUUAUUUGUUAAUAUUGACUACUGAUUAUUGCUCUGACAGCAUUGGUUUAGCCUCACCAUGGAGAAGACACUUUAGAAGUAUCUCAAAAUCACAUUUCCAUAAAAUUUAAGUCUUUACAUCAUGAAGUUUUAUUUUUUGAAUUGCUACAAAGAGAGAAGGAAUUAUUCCAGCAAACACUUGAAGUUUUUUUUUUCCUUUAUUUAAUUCCAACCAAGACAUUAAUGUCCACUUUACCAAAGAAACUUAUUUGGUUGGUUUUGAGUUGGUGUUUGUUGUUUGUUUACCAAAGAAAAUAUUCCACUCAUCAGAAAUGUUUCCUCCUGGUCAACUAAAAAACUGUGAUACUUGGGAUUUCUUGGCCUUCGUAAGGAAAAUAAGAAAAGCCAAGGUAAGAGUUAUGAUACUCUCUCACUUCAUGAAAUUCAUCAGAAGAUGUAAAUUCACAAGGAACUUGGGGUUUGCAAGAAAGAAAAUGAUACUUGAAACAGGGUAUUGUUUAGUCCUCCAGCAAUGUUCCAACAAGUAGCACUAGGACUCCUCAGGCUAAAAGAAGUACAGUUUAUUCCAGAGAAAAUAUAGGAAACCAUCAGGAAAAAUUCCUCUCCAUUGUUCCAGUCCAUAAGUUUUGAGGUUUUUUGGUGUUUGUGGUUUAGUUUGUGAAUUUUGUUUGUUUCUCUGUUUGUGUUUGCUUGUUUUGCACCUGUCUUUCCUACCACAUUUACCCCCUCAAUCUUCAGUUAGAAAUGAGAUCAUCAGAUGCCAUCCUCCAUGGCCACAGUUAUUUAUACAACAUACUGCUAUAAACAAGACCCUUGAGAACCAUUUUAAAUAAGCAGCACUCAGUUGUAAGUGGCAUUCUGGGACCAUGACACUACUUUCUUCCAGCCUUAGAAGCAGAUUUUGGAUAUAUCCCUCAUAGGAACAGAUGAGAUGGAGCACUGCCUUAGGGAUGUGGUCUGAGGCAGAACCUCUUGGACACAAAUGGUAUUCUCAUAGUAUCUUUAUUCCUUUAGAUUCCAUUAAAGUAUCCCUGCAGCUUUCAUAGUGCUUGUUCUCUAUGAAUCUCUGUUUUCUCAUCUGUAAAAUGGGGGUAAUAAUAGUAAAUGUCUUUAAAUUCAGAAAAUAUUUAUUGAGUGCCUAAUAUCACCCCAUGUACUGUUCGAGAGAUUGGAGACACAAGAGUGAACAAAUCAGAUAAAAAAUAAUCUGCCCUCUUUGAGUUGACAUUUGAGUGAUGUUUGCUGUGAGGAUUAAGUGAGAUGACACAUGGAAAACACUUGUAGCAAAGCCUGGCAAAGAGAACUCAAGACGUUAUUAUUUUUAACUUGUCAAUCUCACACAGUAGCACCAGGAUGUAAAGCUAGAGAGAUACAGAUUUGGGACCAUGAUUAGGGCUAUUUAAGGAUGAAAUAGGUUGCCACAAAAAAGUAGUUAAUUCCUGGUCGUUUUAGGACAUUCAAAAUUAGGCUGGAUCACCAUUUAGUGGAGCAACUGUAAAGGAGGUGCAAGCCCUGGAUGUUGGGGUUAGACUCUAAACCUAGAAAAAUGGGAUAUAGGCACUUGGGGUAGGCAAUGGGAAUGGGACAGUACUAAUUAUUAACUAUGCCUGGCUUGUCUGAAGAUAUUUGAAUAUUCUUUUUGGGUGAUUUGCUUUAAAAUUUUUGCUCAAUAAAAAGUAUCAGGUAUUUGAAGACAAAGUUCCUACUUUUUAAAAGCAUGGUAAAGUCGUAGUACAAAGGAAAAUAUUAAAUUAGUACCAUACUGGAUUAGUUGGCAAAGAACUGAGAAUAGAUAAAGCCAACACAUUGCACAGUUCCUCCCUGUGGUGGUUACAACUGUUUAUUUCUGUUUCAUGCCAGUUCAGGAUAAAGGAAAGAGGAAAGUGAAUGAGCUAGAAUCUGUUCACCUGAAUAGGCAGUCUCAGGAUGUCCUCCCCAGCCUGCCUCACAUCUGCCCCACUCCCAUCUGCCCAGGUGAUCUGUUUGAGGUGCUCUUUGAUGUCUAUGAGGGAGCCAUGCAAGGAAGAGGAAGUGAGAUGACCAGAGAGCUGUGGCCUCUACAGAUUUUUUAGUUAGAUUAAAAUUAGUACCACAAGAGUUCAGAUGAGGCUGCCUGGUAGGGAAAGAAGGCUUCUUUUCAGAGUACAAAGAAAGCAAUGUGUACCAAGGAGGCAACCUGCAGAGGAACCUUGGUGGAAGGUAUGAUGUUCAUGUGGAAUCUGCUAGCUUCUUCUCCCUCCAGAAUGUUGACCCCAGAUGAAUUUUUGGAUAGAAAUAAGCCUAAUCCCCCCAUUUUUCACAUGAGAAAACUGAAACCUGGAGAAGUAAAAUUAUGUUCAGAGCUAAUUAGAAACAGAUGCAGGACUAUAACUGAAGUCUAGUUCCUAGUCUGUUCUUUCUCCAUUCUGCCACUUUACUGCCAAAUUCUAUGUAUCUAAAUUUGGAGGUUUAACCUAGGAGUCAUGAAUGAGUUGUGGGAGGGAGGAACUCAGAGCUCCCUAAAAUUAAAUAUAUACAAAAAAGUGUGUAUAUGUUCAAUAUGUGCAUUUUCCUAAAGAAAGGGUUCAUAGAUUCCAAAAGAGGUCUGUGACUCAAAGGGUAAAGACCACUGUCCUAAAUUAAUAAAGACCUCAUUGGGAGUGUGA